UACGAUAUGAAAGAAGAAAAAAUUUUUAAUGAUUACUCUAAUUUGUCCAAUAAAGAGAGAACUUAUAAAGUAGAUGCGCAAUAUGACGGAGAAGUUUGGUACCGGAAGCAAAUCAUGCAAAAAAUAUUUAAAAAUUAUCUAUCAUACAAAAUUUAUAUGAGUUCUAGUCUCAUGUGCCAAAACAAUGAGAAUAAGUUAUGUGACAUAAUUGCGUUGUUAACAUCUACUCAUAUAUCAGUGAAAAUUUUUGAAUUCCAACCCAGUUGCAAUAACAACGGUCUAUGUAAUAUCUCUAGAUACAAUAUGCAAAAUAUUAAUCCUGUUGAAAAAAUGUUGAUAUUUGGAUUUGUCCCAACAAUUUUCGAACAGUUAGAAGACAAAACAAUCCUAGCCCACCCGAGUUCACAAAUCAACCCUGGACCAUAUAAUUUUAUUAUAUAAAUAAAAAUUUAAUGUUUAAAAAUUAUGAGUACCAUUUUGUUUUAUGUCGAAAUGUCGAAUAUAUAUAUAUUAAUGCAAAAAUAAUAAUUAAAUCUCUAUGAUAUUUACUUUUAAAUAAAUAUUUAACAUUAAAUAAA